UCCAAUUCGAAUCUUACCCGGAGAGCUCGUGCGUUUGCUGAGGAGCAGCUGGAGAGAGAGAGAGAGAGUGAGAGUAUUUUGAAUGUUUUGCGGAAAUAGCAGGCCGCAUGGUGUGGAGAGGCACUUUAAUUUAUUGUGAUCUGUGACGGGAAUCCAUGCGUGUGCUGUUUUAAAAGAUAAAACUUACUGGCUUUGAGAGUUUCCAGGUGACUCUGUUCGAAAGAGGAAGUGGGUGGAGAUCAAGAAUAAGGAAGUAAAGUUAUUCCUAGACCUAACUGCAUCCUUUGGGUUGAGUUGAGCUACUCUGGCCACACUUCAAUACCAUGGGAGCUGAACAGAGCACUUACGAUAAUAAACAACCAGAAUGUCAUGCCUCUGCAACAAAUUCGCCAGCAAAGCAAAGAGCUAAAAUGGAUGAUAUCAUAGUUGUUGCUACAGGAACGCAGCAACCUGCUCGAACCACGUGGAAUGAUCCCGAUGUUAUUAAGCUUCAUGAAAUUCCUACUUUUCAACCUCUGCUCAAAGGACUAUUAAGUGGUCAGACUACAACCAGCGGCAACAAAUUGGAGAAGCUAGAUUCACAGCAAGUCCUAAAACUCUGUUCACGCUACCAAGAUCAUCUACGCCAGUGUGCGGAGGCAGUGGCUUUUGAUCAAAAUGCACUUGUUAAGCGAAUCAAGGAGAUGGAUCUGUCCGUUGUUGCCUUAUACAGUGUUAUGCAAGAGCGACAGAAAAGAUAUGCCAAGUAUGCUGAACAAAUACAGAAAGUUAAUGAGAUGUCUGCAAUACUCCGGCGUAUACAGAUGGGCAUAGAUCAAACUAUUCCGCUAAUGGAGAAACUUAAUAACUUAUUGCCAGAGAAUGAAAGACUUGAACCUUUCAGCAUGAGAGCUGACAAAGAUGUAAAGUAUCAGUAGACUAUAAGCUCCACCUUCUAUCCUUCAUUAGAUAUGUAAAUAGUCACCACCCAAUCUGCAGUUUGGAUAUUAAGUCAGUGAAGUGUCACCUGUUUCCAGGUAUAUUGAGCAUUUUGUUGUAAUGUGCUCUUCUGGCCCUCUUCCAAAAUGCUCUUGAUUAAGUGUACCAGCUAACACCAUUAUGAACCUUUUUCACCCAGUUUUGGUGGAAGGAGUUACUUAUUAAUGAAGAGACUGCUGAAGUUAUUUGUAGAGAUUUGAGGUCAAAUACCUGCACCAAUUUGCACUACUACAAAGCAGUCAGCACCAUGGUAGCCACUACUAAAUUUUGAAUUAAUGCAUGCAAAUAGGACACAAUACUAAUACCUUGAUUUGAAGACUUCGCUUAUUAAUUAAACUGUUUGUUGGUGUCCUGUAGCAUUCUUACAUGGCUAAAUGUGCCUUGUGUACAUGUUUGAAGCAUCUCAAGACAACAUGGUGGUUUUCCUCUUUAAUAUGUAAAGAUAUCUGUUGUGCUUGGUAGAAAAUAUGUUGAGCUUGGCACUUGAAUAAAUGA